GUCGUUGUCAGCCCAUAGCUCUUCCCUUGGACUGUCUCCAAUCCGUAGGGGUACACCGUGCCAGGGCCCAUCCAGGGGAUACGCCUUGGAUACGACGUCUGGUUGGUGAACAUUAAUGCGUGGUAAAUCAAGCAAAGGGACCCGUGCACGGAUUCAUAAUCGUGCCGGUUGGAGGUUGCCUGGCAGUUGCCAGUUGUUACUUUGGCGCCUCAAUCUGAUCUCCAGGCAAGCCGUCUUACCCCUUCCUCCACGAUAAUUCUUCGCAACAGCGGCAGUUGCACACUGUUCAACAGACCCGAAGCGUGUGGAGAAAACAGGAAGAGGUCACGAGGAAUUUUCUUUUUGCAGCGUAAUUAGCGAGGGCAGAGGGCGGUUGAGAACCAACAUCAUUGACGGAGUGUUUCGAAUUGGGCCUGAGAGACAGAUUGGUCCGGAAUAAUUUGCAGGAAGCCAGAGUCGCUGAUUUCCGUGGAAGAGUUUGUAGUCAACUAGUCAGCAGGAGUCGGUGCAGUCCAGUCGAUGUCGACACAGGGAACGAUCAACCAACGCGCUGCCCAGCACCACAAUCACCACCACUCGUCCUCCCAGGCGACCAACAAGAGGCAUUCAAAGAUCACGAUCGAGUAUCAUCGCCCUUCGCGCGAGUCUAUCCAGGAGUACAGCGACCUUCUCAAGGGGGCUAACUUGACCGCGUCCGGACAGCAGUAUACCUCCUACUCUGAUCCUUACAGUAGAGACGUAUACACACCCGCUCGCCAGGCCCCACCUCCCCCUCAAGGACACGCAUCUGGCUUCAGACACAAGCAGCAGUCCGUCGACGUCACUUCACCAUCCACCGCUUCACCAUCACCAUCCAGAAUCCGUCAAUCUUACCAGAAACCACCUCAGUCUCGUCAGCGCAGAGACUCCCUUCCUUCCGUCGCAUCUCAACAGAACCCGCACCCCGGCGCACAACAGCCUCAAUUACAUAUUUCAACACAGGUCCAACAGUCACAAGCGCAACCGUCUCCGUUCGCCACCCAAAGCAAACCUUCCGGCAUGACUUCUCCACCUCCUCGUCCAUCCCGCGCGAACACCGCGACCCUGAACGAUAUCUUCCCUACCCAGUCUCAGUUAGCGAGUCGCCGGCUUUCUGUACCUUCCAUGACUCCGCCUCCCGACCACUUCACCGCAGACCCAUCGGAGAUGAUGCCUCCGCUGCCUCUUAUGGAGACCCCACCUGCUGGUGCUGCUGGAACUCGCUCCCGCUCGGGGACUGCCGCAACAAAGAGCAAGAAAGGAAUGCUCGGCUUCAUGUCUGAUUUCCUCAACACAUCCAAGCGUCCCGAAAUCAGCACACCGUACGACCCCGUCCACCUCACCCACGUCGGCUUCAACUCGUCGACGGGUGAGUUCACUGGCCUACCCAAGGAAUGGCAGCAGCUUCUCCAGGAAAGCGGUAUCUCGCGCUCCGAGCAGGAGAGGAAUCCACAGGCGGUCAUGGAUAUCGUCAAGUUUUACCAGGAGGGCCACGGCGAUGUCUGGGAUAAAAUGGGCCAUGCAGAUACCUCGCAUAUGCUCCCCAAGACGCCCGUCGAUGAUGGUCUCUCAAACCCGCGCCCGGCUCCACCACCGCCGAAGAAGCCCCAACGCACGCCGACUCAAUCUCAGUCAAUCCUCCCCACACCACCCGCAUCGUACCGGCCCGCGCCCGCGCCUCCCUCGCCUGCUCAGCCCUCGCUCGAUCGCUCAACGUCGCAGCGGGCGCCUCAGCGACAACCCAAGACCCCUGAACUUGGCCGUUCCAACACGACCACGACCAAGCCACGUCGCUCGCCAAACUUGGAGGCUUCAGGUGACGGGGCUGGCCAUCAACUUGAUGCACCUCGCCCGCCCCAGAAGCAGCCCUCGCCCGGUUCUUCGCAGACCGAUCUCGCCAUCAAACAGCAACAGUACCAGAAGCAGCAGCAACAGCAACAGCAACAGCAACAGCAGCAACAGCAGCAGCAGCUCGCAGCUCAGCAGGCCCAGCGUGAUCAGCAAGCCCGUGCUGCGCCCCAGGGACCGCCGAGUCCUGCCGUGCAAAGUCUCGCCAAGACGGCGGGCGUCGCGACGCCAAGGCGGAGGGAGAAGAAAGAGAAGGACAAAGACAAGGAAGACGACAUCAUCCGCCGACUGCAGGCAAUCUGCUCGGAUGCAGACCCAACGAAGCUUUACCGCAGCCUUGUCAAGAUCGGACAAGGAGCGUCCGGAGGCGUGUACACCGCAUACCAGGUCGGCACCAACAUGUCAGUUGCGAUCAAGCAGAUGGACCUCGACAAGCAGCCCAAGAAGGACCUCAUCAUUAACGAGAUCCUCGUCAUGCGCGCUUCGCGGCACCCGAACAUUGUCAACUACAUCGACUCCUUCCUCCACAAGAACGACCUCUGGGUCGUUAUGGAGUACAUGGAAGGCGGUUCCCUCACCGACGUCGUUACCGCCAACCUCAUGACCGAAGGUCAAAUUGCUGCUGUCUCGCGCGAAACUGCUCAGGGUCUCGAGCACCUCCACCGGCACGGUGUCAUUCACCGUGACAUCAAGAGUGAUAACGUGCUGCUGAGCUUGAAUGGAGAUAUUAAGCUGACGGAUUUCGGUUUCUGUGCACAAAUCUCUGAUCCUGCAAGCGCAAAGAGGACGACUAUGGUUGGCACGCCUUACUGGAUGGCACCGGAAGUGGUAACCCGCAAGGAGUACGGCCCCAAGGUCGACAUAUGGAGUCUUGGUAUCAUGGCAAUUGAGAUGAUUGAGGGCGAGCCUCCAUACCUGAACCAGAACCCGCUGAAGGCACUUUACCUGAUUGCGACGAACGGCACGCCGACGAUUGCGAAUCCCGAGGCGCUUUCGCCUGUAUUCAGCGAUUAUCUCAAGCGCACGCUCGAGGUCGACGCUGAGAAACGUCCUACGGCAUCGCAGCUGCUCGAGCACCCCUUCUUCAAGCUUUGUGAACCCCUCCGCACGCUCUCACCGCUCAUCAAGGCAGCCCGGGAAAUUGCGAAGAACAAGUAGAGCGUUCGAGUCCCGUCCUAUUCGUUGUCCCUAGCCCUGGUCUACUUUCUCGCCCCGUUUCAGUGUCUAUCCCCACUACGCGCCCCAUCUAGUCUGUCUCGCCCGUACCAUCUAAUGCCGUUUCCAUUCAUGCACAAUCUGAUCUCUGCUCGCACCGCUCUAUACGCUGUAUACCAAACACCCCGUCCUGCUGCAAGCUCAAGCACUUGCGCGUUUCGCAGGAUGAUGGAGUUUCCCUACUUUCAGAUUCGGCUUCGGACGGUCCUCGACAAACAAAGUGAUAUCGUUGUUCCGGAUCUUGGAGACGUCUCGUAUACCUUUUUAUGUGUAAUACCUUUCAUCAAAGUGGUCGCGUUCGCUCCAAUGAUAUGAUACAACAUAGAGAAAACCAGGGGAAUCAAAAAAUACUCAGUCGAGGGCAAACGGCGGUCUUGUAUGCGCAAGGAGAGCAAAGAGUCUGAUGAACGGCAAAGGCAAUGCUGAAUCGUGGACUAAUUCUCUAUUUUCAGCUCGUGUUCUAUCGCUUCCUUGUACACCACAUCUCAAAUCUACCUUAGCCAUGCUAUUUCCUGUGCUUGCUCUCAUCUCACUCCCAUCCUCUCGUCCCCAC